CAUAAUCGCUAUUCGUGAUUGUCAGCGAUACGGUGCGAUCCUCUGAUCUGAAAUUCGAUAAUUUCGGCGGGCAAGUGUCGUGAGAAUCCGGUGUCCAUGAGAUACAGAACCCGGGCGAACAGGGAAAUCAUUCAAAUACAGUUCCGAUCCAAUCUGCUGCUGCGAAGAUCGAUCUGAGUUGCGAAACUCUUUUUUAUUUUUUCGGUUGUGAGCUUUACUUAGAUCCUACAGUAUUUAUUUCCGUUCUGUAUUAAAUCGCAAGGAUGGCAAUUUUUGCGAAACGCAUCCCACCAAGACUGAUAGCUUUAGCGGUAUUAUUUUACCUUGUCGUUCCGUUAAAUGGUCAAGAUGUACCUGAUUCCAAUUCAUACGAACCAUUUAUCCAUGUGCCAACCAAUCCAGUUCCUCCACCAGUCAAAAAUUCAUUCUCAUGGGAAGAUUACUCUGUCCUAGCAGCCAUGUUGAUCAUAUCCUGCGGUAUAGGAGUGUUCUAUGGAUUUUGCGGACCGAAACAUGAAAACUCUGAAGACUUUUUAUUGGGCGGUAGUUCCAUGGGUACAUUCCCGAUGGCCAUGUCAUUGGCUGCCAGUUUUGUGACUGCCGUGGAACUACUGGGUAACCCUGCUGAGAUGUAUACCCAUGGGAGCCAGUUUUGGAUGAUUUGUAUUGCAUUUGUGUUAGUCGUACCUUUGUCUUGCAGAUAUUACCUACCGGUAUUUAUCAAUUUGCGUCUGACAAGUUCUUACGAGUAUUUCUCUCUACGUUUUUCACCGACUACGAGAUACAUCGCAGCAGGAUUAUACGUUUUUCAAAUGGUGCUUUACACUAGCGUAGCAGUUUAUGCUCCGGCGCUUGCUCUUAGCAAAGUUACUGGAUUAAACGUCUACGUAGCUGUUACGGCUGUAUAUGCAGUGUGUAUUUUCUACUCGUCUCAGGGAGGCAUGAAGGCCGUUAUCAUCGCUGAUACUUUCCAAGCUGCAGUACUAAUUGGUUCAUUGUUCCUAAUAGUGUAUUUUGGUGAGAAAUUCCUCGGAGAUCGUGGGGUUAUUUGGUCGCAGAGUUUCAACAGUGGUCGACUUGAAUUAUUUGAUUUAGAUCCAAAUCUGACGGUAAGGCACAGUUUCUGGUCUGUCGUCAUAGGAGGAACAUUUUACUGGAUGACGAUGUUUUGCUCUAACCAAGCCUCCACUCAGAAGUACAUGUCCGUUCAAAGCCAGAGUCAAGUGAAAAAAGCAAUUUGGACGUCAUGCUUUGGAUUAAUAAUAAUAUACUCAGUAAAUUUCUACACUGGAAUGAUUAUGGUGGCUCACUAUAAGGAUUGCGAUCCCAUUAAAUCUGGUGAAAUAAGGGCAGCUGAUGAGAUCCUUCCUUUGUAUGUCAUCUCUACGAUGGGUCACCUUAAAGGCGUUACCGGUUUCUUCGUUGCCGGCAUUUUUGCUGCUAGCCUGGGGACCGUUGCUUCAGCUCUCAACAGCCUUUCUGCCGUUACUAUACAGGAUUUUCUUCACUCCGCUCUUGGGAUACAUCUGCCUGACAAGAAAGGCGCUUAUACAGCGCAACUUUUGUCUGUUCUCUAUGGAGCCAUAAGUUUUGGACUGGUUUUUGUAAUCGCUAACCUGGGCAGCAUAAUGCAAGUUGCAAUCAGUUUCAACGGAAUGGUUGGAGGUGUAACCCUAGGACUUUUCUCUUUAGGAAUGUUUUUCCCUUGGGCUAAUUCAAAGGGUGCGAUCUUCGGAGCUACGGUGGCUACAUGCCUUAUCACCUUGAUGUGCAUAGGGCAACAAGUUGCUAUAGCAAAUGGGACAUUCGAGGAGCAAGUGAAGCCCACAAGCAUCGAAAACUGCUGCUGUCUGAAUAUUACGAAAAUAGGGACUAAGGACAUUAUACCCAACAGCGAAGGAAUUUUCUUCCUAUACCGCAUCUCCUACAUCUGGUACUCGGGCUUUGGCUUCCUGAUCACGGUGAUCCUAGGCCUGAUAGGUUCGGUAGCAACAGGUGCAACCAAUCCUGGUGACGUCGACGAUCGACUACUGUCACCUCCGUUGAGGGAUUUUCUCCAUUCACUCUCCAAUACGACCAAAGAGCACCUCAACAUCCCACUCAAAAAAGCCAGCUUCAGAAAGGGGACGAUAUCAAUGAUAUCGGGCAAUAAAGUGAGGGAGGCGUCGGUGAGGGUCGUGGAUAUUGAAAUUGGGCAUAUCAACGAGCAGAUCAAAAGGAAGAUACGUAAAAUCUCAGCGCCAUCGUAAUAUUCUACGGUCUUGUUCAGCAGUGGAAGUGAGGAAUGCAGUUUAGUGCCUUUUCAAUCUAAAAUCAAAUUAAUUUGUGUUUAGACGUUAGCAGAGCGUAUUACGUGUAGUAGGCAUUUGAAGGAUUUGAGUCUUACUGAUCCAAUUUCAGAUUUUAUGAUUAUCUUAGAAAAUAUUUUUCUAGAAAUCUAACCUAGAUACUAAUAAAAAUUUAUUUUAUCAAAAAUCUAGUGUUGGUUGGAUCUGGAGUCAUAAUUAUUCGGAGAUAUAAACCUAAAGCAUAAAGAACAUAACUCUGAACCCAAGGAGAAUGGAAAUUAUGGCCUCCAGGCCAACAGUAAUAAGUGGAGAGUGUAACACCUGAAUCUUAUCAAAUCAAGGAUAGUGUCAGACAGCAUUUAGUACAUUAUUUUGUAUGAACCAAUUGAGGGCUAAGUUUUUUCGAUGAUUUUAGCCCAUUGAGCGACAUGUCCUUCAAAAUGGUCGUCGACGUGGUUUGUAUGGUCUCUACGUCGACAUACCGCUGUUCUUACCGAACAGAAAAUAGGCACACGGUGCCAUAUCCGGAGAAUAUAGGGAGCGGUUGAUGGUCAAAAUGCAAUUGUAUGCCAAAAAGUCGGACACGGCGAAAUACGCAACAGCAAACGCCUCAUAACACCACCGGUGGAACGAAUUCUUUAUGAACAAUUCCCUUCUGAUCGUAGAAACAAAUUGUUUUCAUUUUGGACUUUUUAAAAGUUCCUGUACUUUUUCGUCGGUUUCUGGCGUAAGCACAAAUUUUGGCUGGCCAACAUGUAGCCAAAGCCAAAGAUGUGGCUAUCCAACGCUAGUCUCCGAUAAUAGAGGGCGCUACUUGUAUCG